GCUAACACUGUGAGUAAUACGGUUUGGCGGAGGAGUGACUGCAUUAACCCUACGGUUAAUACGGUAAGGACUGUACCAAGAGUUGUGGCGGAAGAGUGACUGCGGUAAACGAACCCGGCCACUGAAAGGUGAAACUGCGGGUGGAAUAUGGACUGUAUUCCAUUAUCUAUUGAUGACUUAGAGGGCAAAAAGGACCCAGUUGUUGAGGACCCAGAGCACAAUGUAUACACCAGGUUUAUGAAGUCCCACCGGUGUUAUGAUCUUGUACCUACCAGCUCCAAAUUGGUUGUAUUUGAUACAUCACUUCAGGUGAAAAAGGCGUUCUUUGCACUUGUCUCUAAUGGGGUAAGAGCAGCACCUCUGUGGGACAGUAAGAAGCAGUGCUUUGUUGGUAUGCUGACAAUCACAGACUUCAUUAACAUUCUUCAUCGCUACUACAAAUCUCCAUUGGUUCAGAUAUACGAGUUGGAAGAACACAAAAUUGAAACAUGGAGAGAGCUUUACCUUCAAGACUCUUUCAAGCCCUUGGUUAGCAUAUCUCCCAGUGAAAGUUUGUUUGAUGCGGUGUCGUCUUUGCUGAAGAACAAGAUCCACAGAUUGCCUGUGAUCGACCCCCUGACAGGGAACACACUCUAUAUCCUCACACACAAGAGGAUUCUCAAGUUCCUCAAGCUUUUUAUAUCAGAGAUGCCAAUACCCUCGUUCUUGAAACAAACCUUAGAGGAGCUGAACAUUGGAACCUUUAAGAAGAUAGCGGUGGUCCGUGCAGACACACCACUGUACACAGCACUGGGUAUUUUUGUUGAGCAGCGAGUGUCGGCGCUCCCCGUUGUGGACGACAAAGGUAGAGUGGUGGAUAUAUACUCAAAGUUUGAUGUUAUAAACCUGGCAGCAGAGAAGACGUACAACAACCUGGAUAUUACUGUGACCAAAGCACUGCAGCACCGCUCUCAGUACUUUGAAGGAGUUUUGACCUGCAGCAGACAUGAAAGCCUGGAGGCCAUCAUCAACAGACUGGUGGAGGCUGAGGUUCACAGGCUGGUGGUGGUGGAUGAGCAGGAUGUGGUGAAGGGAAUUGUCUCUCUCUCAGAUAUUCUCCAGGCUCUCUUGCUUACUGACAGAGACGGGGUCUCUGCUUGAGGAAGGGACACUGACAAGGCUACGCAGUUUGAAGAGGACAAAGGGUCAAAGGGAGAACAAGAACAGAAGAAAGGAAUUCUCCUCUAACAAGGACUGCACUCUUCACAAAAAUAGCAACAAUUUGACAUUUUAGCAACCCAUCAAUAUAUCAUUUUAGUAAUAUAGGACAGUGUUAGGUGCACCUCUAACAUUGAGCCAAAUUCCCAAAGUCGCCACCAUCUGAAGAAAAAAGAUGCAGAAGCACAAGAAACGUCUCCAGAAAGCUGUAGCCCCUCAGGUUUGUUCCCUCCUUGGCUUUUUUGUUGUAGUUUUGAUUAGAGUGAUAUUCAAGAUGAUAUCAAAUCAGUGCCAGGUGUAAAUCAAACAUCAGUGAUCAGCUUAUGGGAAACUGAUUGGUUUAUUUUUUUUUCAUUUUGUUGGCAGUGAUUCAUUUCUCUAAUAAGGCUGAAAUUUAGAUGCACAUUGAGCCUCUUUAAUGGUCAUUUUAAACACUGUGUAACAUGUGAGGUUGUUCUUAGACAACAACGCCACACACACCAAAGCAUGUCAAAUAUGUUCACAAGCUCUGCUCUUUGUUUGUACUAUGAUGUUACUCCACUGACAUGAUCUCUUUUAGGUUUUUUUCAUAUCCAGUUUGCUUCAUUUUGAAAAACAGUUGCUGGAUUGAACUGUUGGUCUCUUUAAUUUUUUUUUUAACUUGAACAACUGCAUUGUACAGUUUCCAAUGACAUUGGUGGAUAUGUAGUUACUUAAGUAUUUACAGUAUCUGUUUGUGUUGUACUGUACACACACACUGCGUUUUAUGAAGACUUGAAAAAUGUUAACUUCAGGACUUCUGAUUCCCCAAAAAUGGCCCUGGAUGAAUUUGAACAGCAAAUAAAAUGCAUUGAUGUAAAUUGUACAUCAAUAGUUAUUUGUGUGAGAAGAAUCCAAGAGCUUUGAGUUUUAAUCUUGUGUGUGGUCAAACAAUAACCUUACAAAGUGGAACAGCCUCAUGACCUCAUGGAUUUAAUUUAGAUCAGCAUUGGUUUAAUCUGUUGAAGACAACUGUUAAUCAUUUUUCUUAUUUUGUUGGAAUGUACAGACUUUGAUUCAUGGGUUUUAUCUUUCACUUUUUAGUUUGUGUUGUCAUGAAUAAUUAAAUGUACAUGAUGUACAUUUUACUUGA